CGUAGCGCGGCGUGUUGGGUGCUGGCCUUCGCGGAUGAUCGUGCACGCGUCUCGUCGUUUCCAAUCGGGCGUUCCUGUGAACAUGUCGCGGGAGAAUCGAUAGCGUCGCGUUCGAACGGACGAAAAUGCACGGCUCGCGGCACCGUUUCGUGUGGCAGUGUCAUGAGUGAGAAACGGUGAGGAUCGGCGACGCGUCCAGCGUAAAACUAGCGAGUGACUGAUCGCGCGGUAUCGAAACUGUUCGGGGGUGUUACGACGUGGCGACGCUCGCUGGCGGACUGCGAAGAUGAAGAGGCAGAAUGUCAGGACUCUGUCGCUGGUAGUGUGCACGUUCACGUAUUUGCUCAUAGGCGCGGCGGUGUUCGACGCGCUCGAGUCGAACACGGAGAGGAAACGCUGGGAGUUUCUCUCCGAGGUACGCCGGAACAUGAUGAAGAAGUACAAUAUCACGCAGGAGGAUUACAGGAUGCUGGAGAUCGUCAUAAUAGAGAACAAACCGCACAAAGCUGGACCUCAAUGGAAAUUCGCGGGUGCCUUUUACUUCGCGACGCUCGUGCUCGCUAUGAUAGGCUACGGACACUCGACGCCAGUUACUAUAGGCGGCAAAGCGUUUUGCAUGGCGUACGCAAUGGUGGGAAUCCCCCUGGGUCUCGUGAUGUUCCAAAGUAUCGGUGAACGUUUGAACAAGUUCGCGUCCGUGGUGAUCAAGCGGGCAAAGACUUAUCUGCGAUGCAAGAAAACGGAGGCGACGGAAAUGAACCUCAUGCUCGCGACCGGUAUGCUCUCGAGCAUCAUCAUCACGACCGGUGCUGCCGUGUUCUCUCGUUACGAGGGAUGGAGUUACUUCGACAGCUUCUAUUACUGCUUCGUGACGCUCACCACUAUCGGUUUCGGUGAUUACGUCGCGCUACAGAACGACCAUGCGCUCUCGAAUAAACCAGGAUACGUGGCCUUAAGUUUAGUCUUCAUUCUAUUCGGCUUGGCCGUCGUCGCUGCCAGCAUAAAUCUGCUUGUACUACGUUUCAUGACGAUGAACACGGGAGACGCUCGCCGCGAGGACAACGAGCUCCAGGCAGCCACCCAUCACGACCUGAUCCUCGAGGGCGAUGUGGUACCGGUGAACGGCAAACUGUUAGCCGGCCACGUGCCGAUAGUUCACGACGCGGAGGACUGCGUGAGCGUGUGCUCGUGCACGUGCCUGGGACCGGCGAACUCCUCGGAGCUUUUGGACCAAGGGUACCAGGGGUACCAAGGCUACAGACCCCCGACCGUUGCCAGCCUUCGCGUGAAACGCGCAUCCGUCUGAUGGAAGGAGUUCCGUCGUCGCAGUUUACGCCGUCGACUGUCGAGGGCCAACAGUAGGGAGCUGCUCGGCAUCGACGUGUAAAAUCGACCCGACAUCGAUAAACCCGCGCCCCGUACCCUCUAACAAACCAGGAACAGAGGAACCAACGAUCCAAUCGAUGAUCUAGACGGAGUUCCGUGGCGGUUCCCACCGAAGCCGUACUCGAGUUCAUGAGUUUUCGCAGGCUAGCAUCCUCUUUACAGUUAGGAAAUCAUUCUAGUGUUUGCGAAACAGCGGAGUCCUGAAAGCUUUGAGGCUUCGAUCUGAAGGCUGAGUCUUAUCAAGUUCGAAUGUUGGAAGGUCCAAGGCUCGAAUCUUAAGGGAUUAGAGUUCUAUAAGCUUAAGUCUUCGGAGUUUAAAGAUUCUGCUAUAAAGACAGAGUCUUUGAGGAUUAGAGUUCUAUAAGCUCGAGUCUUUGGAAUUACAAGAUUCUGCUAUAAAUAGAGUCUUCGGGGAUUAGAGUUCUAUAAGCUCUAGUCUUUGGAAUUUCAAGAUUCUGCUAUAAAUAGAGUCUUCGGGGAUUAGAGUUCUAAAAGCUCGAGUCUUUGGAGUUUAAAGAUUCUGAUAUAAAGACAGAGUCUUCAAGGAUUAGAGUUCUAUAAGCUCGAGUCUUUGGAAUUUCAAGAUUCUGCUAUAAAUAGAGUCUUC